GUCCUUAAAUUCGUUUCCUUAUUUAGCCUACCUUAGGUGGUGGAAUCUGUUCUUCAUAGGAAAACACACGUAAAAAUAUUGAUCAGGGUUGUGUGACUUUAUGGAAACAUGUCAAAGAAGCGGGGCAGGAAGCGUAGCAGCGAAGAGUUGAGCGAGAGCUCGGCGUCCACUUUGAGCCCCGACCCGGACAACCUGCUGGGCCGCAGAAUCCAGCACAACUGGAGGGAGAAGGGCAACGUGACCAAGUGGAAAGGCACGGUUCUGGAACGGCUGACCGUCAACAGCUCCCUUUACAUGGUCAAAUACGACGGCUUCGACUGCGUCUAUGGCAUCGAGUUGUUCAAAGACAGUCGAGUGUCAAAUCUGCAGGUGUUGGCCGAGAAAGUCGUGAAUAAUAAGAUCAAGGUGCCUCCUGGGGCGGAGGAGCUGGUCGGACGGGCGGUGGAACAUCUGUUUGAGAAGGAGGACGGUGAGAAAAACGAAUGGAGAGGCAUGGUGCUGUCUCGGGCCCCCAUCAUGACCCACUGGUAUUACAUCACCUACGAGAAGGACCCCGUGCUCUACAUGUACCAGCUGUGGGACGAUUACAAGGACGGCGAUCUUCGUGUUCUUCCUGAAUCAGAGAACAAACACCUGCUACCAGCAGACAGGAAGCCGGGGGAGGAGCCAGAGAGCCUCGUGGGCAAACAGGUGGAGUACGUCACAGAUAACGGUUUGAAGAGGACAGGCCUGGUCAUCUAUCAGGUCCCCGCCAAGCCCACGGUGUACUACAUCAAAUACGACGACGACGUCCACAUCCACGUCUACGACCUGGUUAAAACCACCUAGGACUAAUACUGACAGCCCCAGCCAUUUUGACUCGGCCAGUCGUUACCGGUUGAAGUGUUAGCGACU